AUGGUUCCGGAGCAGGGCUCUACAACGCUCUGGGAGGCGCUGUGCGGAGACCUAAUGGAUGAGAUCUUGCACACACACCACAGAGUGGUACGGCAGGCUAUCUCCCAGAGGAAGGGCUAUGAGGUGUUCACGGAGGGAGAUGCGUUUGUGGUCGCAUUCCACAUGCCGGAGGACGCGUUGGACUUUGCGGUGGACCUGCAGGUCGCGAUGCUAUGUGCUGACUGGCCAUCCGAGCUUCUCGAACAGUCCGACUGCUGCGAAGUGUGGGUCCGUCGCCACUCGGCCCAACAACCCUCGUCCUCACCCGCUCCCCAAGCUUCUAAACACGCCCUGGUCGGGGACUUGAGCGCCCUGGCGAUUGCGGCCGGGAGCAACGGAGGAGGCGUCAGGGGUUCAGGACUCGGACAGGGGCCAGCAGCAGCAGCUGCAGGGCUGGGCUCUGCGCCACCGGCCAGCGGGUCCUUGACAACCCCGGGGGGACUCUGGGCGGGUACCGCAAUGUACGGCGCGUGGAGCAGUACAGGCGGCAGACCUGGAAGGCGGAUCUUGAAGGCGCUCUCGCCUUUUAGACGACGCAGCCUGGAGUCCGCGAUCCGAUUCGAACUGGGGUUGCGACCGCUGGCAGCACUGGGUCGUUUCGCUAAGCUGUCGAGCAACCCCGGUGUUGGCGACGGCGGCGGCGGUGGCGGCGGCGGCGGCGGCGGCUGCUCUACCCUGCCGUCCAUAGGCGGACCGCCUAGCUUUCAUGGUGAUGCCGGCGCCGGCUUUCCCGUCCUUUUGUCCGGCGGUGGCGGCAGCGGUGGCGGCAGCGGCGUGCCGUACGGCAAUACCCUCGCCGGUGCAAAAGACAGCAGGCUAGACCGUUGGUUCUCCACGCCGUUUGCCCGUAUGUCGCCCACGCUGUCGAUGCCGCAGCCGCCGGUGUCGGCACGCAGCGGGCACUCAUUGCUAAACGUCGUAAAGACCUCGCCGUCGGCGGCGGCAGUGUUAGCGGUUGAAGCAAUUACCUCUCCACCGCCACCGCUGCUGCCGUACACGCCGCGGCCCGUCUCAGACGCCUCCACCGAAGCUGCCGUGACGGCGAGUUGCAUUCGGCACGUGCCCAAAUCGGAGGUGACAUCUGCGGCGACUGCGGCUGCCGCGGCGGCGGAGGCGGAGCCAGGAAAAGUCUCUACAGGCGGCGGGAGCCUUACGCUGAAUGGGGCUCCUCGGGCUCGGGUAUCACGAAUGGUGCCGUACCUUGGCGUUGGCGGCGUCGACGGCCGCUGCAUCGACAGCGUCGACGUUUACAAUCCCCCACAGGCCCCUGCGGACGUCUGCAGUACGGCAAGCGGCGCUCUCAACGCGGCGUUGCAGCCUGCCGGUGCAUCGGCAGAUCCGGUGGGGACAGAGGCGGCGGAAACGGCGGAGCCGGGGGGGGAAGUCCACGACGCUGCUGUGGUUUCGGAGCCCAGGUGCUCUUCGCAGCUUUCCAGCCCCAGGGGAGCGCCUUACACGACCUGUACAUCUGUACUCACUUCCAGGAAGCCCUCUGAGACGGCGCCCACGGCGGCAAUGCUUGCGUCGACGGCAAGCCGGCAAAACGCGCACGUUAUCCAGUCAUCAACCAGUCCCGACAUGGCCUUGUCCCAGCUCCCUACGCGGUCUGAGUCGCCGCAGCAGCCGCCGCCGCCACAGCAGCAGCAGCAGUGGGAGUGUGGCUGCCGUAGCGGUCUCCAUCAAAACGGUAUUGUGCACCAGAGACCCAUGUUCGAUACCGAUAAGGAACAACAGGCAGAAUUGGGUCGGGAUCGUGAUAGCGGAUAUGUACGCCGCAAUCAACCCGAUAACACCCGUCUACAUGUUACCCUACUAAACAGCACCUCCGAAAGUAACAAAUGCAGCCAACAGCUUUUGGAAAAUACGGACGGCGUGGAAGGAGAUCGUUCGACGCAGCUGUUCCGGAUGUCGUACCGUACGGGUGCGGCUCUGAGUCUGGAGGGUGACGGGAAGGCUGCUGCCUUCAACACGGGUAGCCGUACCGACUGCGGCACCGACGGGGCCGACGCUGGCGGCGGCGGUGACACCGCUGCUACCACUACUGCCUCAGCUUGCGGUGCUCAUAACAGCCGAGCAGACCUUGUGCCGAAUGACGAGAAUCUGUCUACAGGUGCGGGCGGCGGUGGUAGCGGCAGCGGCGCGGGUGCCGCCGCCGCCGCGGCCGCCGCGGCCGUCGCCAUUGCUAUUGUAAUGGACGGUGCUAAUGAUGUGGGUAUAUGUACUGAUGUUGUUGGCUCUGCUGCUGUGCGAGACAGAGGCCGUGUGUACGGUUCCCAACGGAGGCCGCCGACUACGGAGGCGGCAGGCACUGUUAGCGCCGACAGGGCCCCGACGCAGCUGCCCCAAAACCUUGGCGAAACUAAGAGAUUUGCUAACGGAAACGCCGUCUCGCGAAACGUCGAUAGCCGAAGGCUGCUGUACGGCUGGCGCAGCGGCAAUCACGGUGACGGAGGAGACGGUGGUAACGGCGGCGGUGGUGACACUGGCGAAGGCGAAAAUGCCGUACCAAGGGGCGUCUCCAGCGGCGCCGUUGGGCUUCUUACUUUAGAGCUCGAUGACGGUGGUGGCGGCGAGACGGGGGACUGGCGGAGCUGCGUCGCCUGGGACACGAACCCGCCGUACAGCGUGUAUGGCACAGCAGAUCCGCCGUUGCCGCCACCAACUCUGAGCCCUCGCACAUCUACACCCAAGUCACCGUCAGCGGCGAAUGCCGCCGCCGCUGCCACCGCCGCCGCCGCUACAGCCGCAGCAACGCCCGCAAGUCGUCGUCUAACACCACCCCUUCCCUUGCUGUCCCUAUCCCGAGGUCGACAUAACAGUCUCCACGCUCCCACCAUCAGCAAUAACAAUAACAAUAACAAUAACAACAACAACCCAGCAGCAGUAGUCGCCGGCAACGGCAUAACACCCGAACACGGCAACCGCGCCUGCAGCCGGUUUGGCGGCUACGGCACUGCCACCACCGCCAGCACCAUUCAUUGCUCGCAGCUACAAACGGAUCGCAGCUACCAUUUCUCCCCUAGCUGCUACAGUAAGGCGGCCAUCAGCAGUCCUCACAGCCCGGCGCAGCCGCAGCGCGGUCUGCACAACGCCGUGCUGUGCAGUAGCGUGCCAAACCGAACGGCCCUGGGGACGCCUGCUAAGGGGGGAGGUGUAGAAGCCCGUAAAGCUUCCGUCACAGCCCGUCAAGGCUCCCUGCUGGCAAUCACGCAGCGCGCUGGUUCCGCCUUCGCCACCGUCGACGGAAAUUGGUUUGGCGGCCAGCUGACCCGCCGGAAGCUGAUGCAACUGCAGCAACAGCAGCCGACGGAGGCAGAGACGUCGGGCCCGGCGCCGCAGCAGCUGCGGAGAUCGGCUAGUGCACAGCGUUACCUGGCGGCGGCGCCGGCAGUGCGAAUGCAAGCUGACGGCGGUGCUGACGCUGAAGUUGACGCCGGCAGCGGCACCUUCCCCGCCGGCACUGCUUAUGCUAGCGCUGUGUGCAGUAUCGGUGGCGCCGCCAGCGCCGCCACAGCUGCAAGCUUAGGACGCCCCGGGCCGACGCCACAGCAGCAUUCCCAGCCACCGAAGCCGGGUGAAGCCAGCGAGGUCCGCCAGGAGCCCGGUAUCGGGCACCGCAGCCUGCUGCAGCGCCUAAACCCCUCAUAUCGACGUCGAAGCGCCCAAUCGGCCCACCAGUCGAUAGGAGCGCUGAGAGCCUCCCCCAGCGGCAUGGCGGCGGCUUUGUCGGUGAUGGAAGUGGACGCGGCGCUGUCAUCGCCGGCCUCCGCCGUCGACGACGACGCAAGCAGUACCCUCGGCGGCGGCGCUGUGGCCUUGGAUCCAACAACCGCUGCGGAAGUGGACACGGCCGCCGUGGCGUUGCCGCCGACGGCAACGCCGUCGGUCACUUCUGCCUUCGCUGCUGCCGCUGCCAUCACUCCAGCUGUAGGUUCCUCCAUUCCGCCUCGCCUCAUGGACAUUACUCACGCGCUGUCCGGAUUCAACGGGGGACGACCCGCGGAUAUGAUAUCCACACACGGCACGAGCGUUGACCGUGGCGGCGGUGCCCCGGCUGCCACCCAUGCCACCGCCAACGGCUUGUCGACGAGCUUGGCGCUGACGGGGUACCACGCGCUGUACCACAUGGGCCACAGCAGCCGCCUUCUGAUGCUGGGCCAGGCGGCGGUAGCGGCGGCCACAUCAUCGGCGCCGCCGCCAGCGACUGCGGCGCUGCUGGCAGCGGGAGCGUCCCGUGGGUCACUCUUUAUGGAUCUGUUUUGGAGGGACAUAAACCUCGCGGCUACCGCCGCAGCGGCGAGUGAUGAGUCCAGGGAAGAAGUUGCUCGCGUCGAAAGAGCCCCUGGCGGUGUUUUCAGCAUGGGUGCCUCCGCCUCAGACUUGGUGCCGUCGCAGUUGCCGCAGCGCCAGCCUGACGGCUGGGGUGCCCGAGCUGUCAGCGGCGCCGCCGGCGUGGUGUUCACCGUGGCUGCGGCGUUGCGCUCCAUGUACGAGCAGGUCAGCGCCGAGUGCAUUGCAGCACAGCUUUGUACGAUGUACGGCAUAUUGGGAGAAGGGAUCCCCGGCAUCGGCGGCGCCGCCGCUGCUGCCGCGAGCACGGCGGGAACAUCCCUUACAUCCGAUCUUCAACUUGUGUUUCGUGGCCUACGGCUGCGGGUCGGGCUCCAUUCAGGGCCUUCAGAGGCGGAGGCUCUAGUUAGAUACUGCAAACACCCAAUGAUCUCCAUGAACGGCCAAACCACUGUCGUGGUGGUUGCAAUGGGUGGUGUGGUGCUAGCCAGCGGAGCCACGUUCCGUGCAUAUCAGCAACGGAGGCGGGAAGGUCGUGGUGCCCAACGAGUAAUCGGCGGCGGUGCUGGGGGGGCCGGUAGCGGUAGCAGCGGCAGCAGGUCCGACUUCUCACUGGUGCACCUUGGGGACUACUUCUUGGGACCGGCGUCUGUGACAGUUGGUACCGCAGGCGAGGCCGACCGACAUUCCGCCAAAGGUGACGUCGGCUCGCCCAGGAUCCUGGCAUCGCCGCGGCCGUCGGUGUCCACAGAUGCAGCCAUGGCGAACGGCGGCGAUGCUCCGGUGGAUCUGUACGGCGUCCUAUGCCCGUGGCUGCUUCCCCGCCUGGCUAUCGUAUCAUCGGUAGUACGAGCUCGUCAAAACGCCGUACCAGGUUGUCUGUCAGCUCCCGCGGGCGUCGUAGCACCCGUGUUUUGUAAUGUACUUGGCGUGGAAGCACUGCUGGCAUGGGAGCGUGUCGUACAACAGCGGCAGCUGGCGGCAGCGGCCGCCGUGGCGGCCGCCAGCCGCGUCCUCCCAGAAAUGCAAUCGCCGCAGCCCACCGCCUCUGUCACUGAUGGCGGUGCCUGGCAGCCGCCGUCGUCAACGGCGGGUGUUGGGGGCAGUGGCGGCGGCAGCGCUGUUGUACAGCAGGCCUUGGGGCUGCUGCGCAAUACGGCGACCGCGGCGGCGGCGCGCCACGGCGGUUACGUGGUUGCGGUAUCGGCGGAUGGCGGUCACUGGGUGCUAGUGUUUGGCUCAGCCAGCUCGGCAGUGGGGUGGGGGCUGGAGCUUUUGAACUCGAUGUUGGAUGCCACCUGGCCGGAAGGCUUCCUGGAGCACGAGCUCACUGAGGAGGUGUACGAAGACCUAGGGACUGCUAUGCUGCGUCCCGUGCCGCGUACUGGCCGCCUGGACUACGUGGGCCGGCCCAUGAACCGAGCAGCGAGGAUUGCGGCCAAGGCCAAAGCGGCAACUAUGUUCGUCAGCGGCGCGGUGUGGAAGGCAGCCCGGAACUGCCUGGAGCAUGACGCCGUGUCCGCCACGUGUUUGGGUCUGUCCCAGCUCAAGGGCGUACGGGACCAAGUUGAACUUUGGGCGCUCAGAUCCGCCGCAGCCACUCCUAGUCAACCGUAAUUAGAACUGCAACCGUAACUGACAACCGCCGUCGGCUGCGGCUCCGUGGGCGCUGGAGUGGGAGGUUCAGCAUUGGACUGUGACCCGCCGCCGUCACGGCGGCGUUGGCUGAGGCGGCGAUGAUGAAGCACCCCUGCAUCCAGUUGCUAGGGUAAUGGAUUGCCGGUCUAGGGAAUAGGAACGAUGUGCCUGUUUCGACCCGCUUCUUCCGGGCUCCUUUGAAGCUGGCCUGACCAUAUGGUGACAUAUUUGCGCUGACCAGGGAGUAUUAAUUCAUGUAUUGCUUUACGCGUGGUUGCAUGGUGGCAGGGAUAGGCUUAGCCAUGUGCAUAUGCCAGCUGCUUUUCGUUAUGCACAUAU